AUGAAAAUCGAAAAACCAAAGUUAGUUUCAUUACUCACUGGUAUGUGCCAUUUCACGGUAAAAGUUUGGGAGAAAACUAUUUCCUGAUCCGAAAUGCAGUGGACCGCUUUUACAGAGACUGCCUCUUAAAAGCUCAAAUAAAACGGCCAAAGCAGUUAAUAAACAGCAGGAAUCGGAUCAACCACGUGAUCAGAACAAAACUGAACUUGAUCAAAACCUGGACAGGUACCAACAGAGAUUUACGGGCAUCGGAAAAGCAAUGCGGAACGGAGAAGAAAUCAGUACAGAUAACUGUACCAAUGAAAGACAUGCACAGAAACCUCAACGAGUUACAUACCAGUUGACCGAACCGUUGAAGCAACGACUAGCAGAAUUCGAAGAGAAUGAUAUAAUUGAGUCGGUACCAGAACACGAAGCCAUUACGUGGUGCUCACUAUUGGUCGUACAACCCAAACCAAAAAACCCGGAAGCUAUUCGUGCCUGUCUGGAUCUACGAUUGGUGGCGCACUUGCCAACUGCAAGUCCCAAUAACCGAAGAUUUCAUUUGAGAGUUCAAGGGAUGCAAAGUUUUCAGUAA